AAGAUCCGACGGCUAGAAAUCUCCUUCCGCCGCCUAUAUAACCAGCAGCGAAAUGCGCGUGGUCAAACCCUAGCCGCCUGCCUCUCCUCCUCCAGAGCUCGUCGCCACCGGCCACCGCCACCCUCGAUCACGCCGUCCGUCGAGGUAAAGUUAGUCUCCACGCCCCUUUCCCUCCGCCCUAGUCCUCCGUAGCUCUCCGCCGCGUCGUCCGUCGAGGUAAGGUAAGGUCAGCAUGGUGAGGGUCAGUGUGCUCAACGAUGCGCUCAAGUCCAUGUACAACGCUGAGAAGAUCGGCAAGAGGCAGGUCAUGAUCAGGCCGUCGUCCAAGGUCAUCAUCAAGUUCCUGACGGUCAUGCAGCGCCACGGCUACAUUGGAGAGUUCGAGUACGUUGAUGACCACCGAUCGGGCAAGAUCGUGGUCGAACUCAACGGGAGGCUGAACAAGUGCGGCGUCAUCAGCCCUCGCUUUGAUAUCGGCGUGAAAGACAUUGAGGGAUGGACUGCAAGGCUGCUCCCGUCCAGGCAGUUCGGAUACAUCGUCCUCACAACUUCGGCAGGCAUCAUGGACCACGAGGAGGCCCGCCGGAAGAGCGUAGGAGGCAAGGUUCUAGGUUUCUUCUAUUGAAGAAGCUGAGAAUCUUUGUUAUGGCCUGCCUGCCUGUCUUACUCUCUCAGACUAGAGUACCUGUUAUUUUACUUUAAUAUGUCUCUCUCAGACUAGAGCGCCUUCUUUUACUUGAAUAUUGGUGACUGCAUUGGUCUUUCACUUUAAAAUCGGUGACUGCAUUGAUCGAAUUAUCUGAGCCGGUUCUUCA